GGAAGUGAUCUGCAGUCCCAAGUGCCCGUCCUUCCCUGCACGCGCGGGCCCCGGGUGCCUAGUUCCCGGUCCCGGUCACCGAGUACUACCACAAUGGCGGCAGCCACUCUAUUGCGAGCGACGCCCCGCUUCAGCGGUCUCUGCGCCAGCCCGACCCCAUUUCUGCAAGGUCGGCUGCGGCCGCUGAAGGCUCCCGCAUCACCCUUCUUGUGUCGCGGCCUAGCUGUGGAGGCCAAGAAGACUUAUGUACGCGACAAGCCCCAUGUGAAUGUGGGUACCAUCGGACAUGUGGACCAUGGCAAGACCACCCUGACUGCAGCCAUCACGAAAAUUCUAGCCGAGGGAGGUGGAGCUAAGUUCAAGAAGUACGAGGAGAUAGACAAUGCCCCAGAGGAGCGAGCUCGGGGCAUCACCAUCAAUGCAGCCCAUGUGGAGUAUAGCACUGCUGCCCGACACUAUGCCCACACAGACUGUCCUGGUCAUGCAGAUUAUGUUAAGAAUAUGAUCACAGGCACUGCCCCCCUGGAUGGCUGUAUCCUGGUGGUGGCAGCUAAUGAUGGCCCCAUGCCCCAGACCCGAGAGCACUUACUGCUAGCUAAACAGAUUGGGGUAGAACAUGUUGUGGUGUACGUGAACAAGGCAGACGCUGUCCAGGACUCAGAGAUGGUGGAGUUAGUCGAGCUGGAGAUCCGGGAGCUGCUCACCGAGUUUGGCUAUAAAGGAGAGGAAACUCCAGUCAUCGUAGGCUCGGCUCUCUGUGCCCUUGAGCAACGUGACCCUGAGCUAGGCGUGAAGUCAGUGCAGAAGCUCCUGGAUGCUGUGGACACCUACAUCCCAGUGCCCACCCGGGACCUGGACAAGCCCUUCCUGCUCCCUGUAGAGUCAGUCUACUCUAUUCCUGGCCGGGGCACAGUGGUGACAGGUACAUUAGAGCGUGGCAUUUUGAAGAAAGGAGAUGAGUGUGAGUUGCUGGGACAUAACAAGAACAUCCGCACUGUGGUGACAGGCAUUGAGAUGUUCCACAAGAGCCUGGAGAGGGCUGAGGCAGGGGAUAACCUGGGUGCUCUGGUCCGAGGCUUAAAGCGCGAAGAUUUGAGGCGUGGCUUGGUCAUGGUCAAGCCAGGCUCCAUCCAACCCCACCAGAAGGUGGAGGCCCAGGUGAGGGCUCCAGUGCUGAGUGGUUUCCCUUGCUUAGAAGCAGGACUUGUAGCUAAGCCAUUCCAUCCUUACUGCUUCUCUCCUCUAGGUUUAUAUCCUCAGCAAGGAGGAAGGUGGCCGCCACAAACCCUUUGUAUCUCAUUUCAUGCCCGUCAUGUUCUCCCUGACCUGGGACAUGGCCUGUCGAGUCAUCUUGCCUCCAGGGAAGGAACUUGCCAUGCCUGGAGAGGACUUGAAGCUUAGUCUAAUCUUGCGGCAGCCCAUGAUCUUAGAGAAAGGCCAACGUUUCACCUUGAGGGAUGGCAACAAGACCAUUGGCACUGGCCUUGUUACUGAUGUACCAGCCAUGACUGAGGAGGACAAGAACAUCAAGUGGAGCUGAGUCUGGACUUCUGCUCAGGUUAUUGAGCUUCAGGCUGCCCUGGUCAGCGUUCCCACUGUGGGCAUAAGGCUGCCCUGGUCAGCAUUCCCACUGUGGGCAUAAGGCUGCCCUGGUCAGCGUUCCCACUGUGGACACAGGCUGUAUCCAGGCAGAGUACACCUCUGGACAUUUCUCCUGCUCACAAUGAGUGGCCUGUCAGGAGAGGGAGGCAAAUAAAACUGUCCCAUGGAUAACUCA